AACUUAGUUGAAUAUUUCGAACGGAGCAGAGCGGUUGUCUUGAACAAGUAUCAGGCAUAAUACAUAAGGAAAAUAAGACUUACAAACAUGCUUAAGUUUCAAAUCAUUUGUGUUUGCUUGAUAUUGUGCAGUUUCAGUGCCGUGGUUGGAAAGGGUUUCAGUAAUUACGAUCUGUCGGGUAGAGAAGCUUAUAUGAGCGGUUCGUAUUCAUCUAAGGACGGAAGUACGGAUGAAAGUGCUGAUACAAGUACGCAAGGAAGUAAGCAGGAUAGCACGGAGUCAAGUACGGAUGCAAGCACGGAGUCAAGUACGGAGUCAAAUACGGAGAAUAGUAACAAAGAAGAAGCAUAUUUAAGUCCGGAUAAAAGUGAAGGGGAAGGUUCACAAGAAGGUCCGAAUUAUAUUACAACUGCAAGCACAAUUCACAAAUCCCCUGCGCCCGAAAAUAAUUCGGAUGGAUGGAACACGUUUCUGCUGUGGCUGUUGAGCAUUGCGCUUGCCGUGGCUAUCUUAGCAGGGGCCUUAUACUGCUUGAUGCACCGCCAAGGGUCGUAUUCUGUCAAGGACCAGUGUGACAAUGCCGCAGUGGAGUUCAAAAGCAGACGCGAAUCGCGAGUUUAAAAUUAAAACUGAAACACACACUCUUCGCGUAACCCAAUAAUGUUUAUUAAAUGCAUUCAAUUUGCAAGCGCCUAUAUCCAAAUUGAUUAAAUUAUUUAAUUUUCUCAUGAACUUAAA